AUGGAAAACAUGCUCAUGUCCGAGGUCCGAGAGGCCGAACUUGAGGACAACCGCAGCAUCAUUGAGGUUCAAAGCCACAAAUCUGCGGGCACCUAUGGGCAUGCUCAGGUGUCAGUGAACGAAAAGGAAUACAGCUGGUUCAUGUCCCUGCUUGACAUGCGAGACAACUUUGAGGGGUCCGACAGCCCCUACUUCUUCUUUUCUGCUUCUGGAGGAAAAUGCAGAAAGCUUGUGUAUUACUUCCAGAAGGAGUGGAAGAAGAUGGGGCUGAAGGGCUCCUUUACGUUCCGUAACCUCCGAACUUCAGUGGUGCACUACACUAAGGACCUAAGCCCUUCUAAGAAGGCAGCUGUGCACAGGCAGAUGUGCCACAGCGAAGCUGUGGCAGCAAAGUUCUACCUGCCACUCAACACUGCCGACGAAGCUGCACAGGUUAGGAAGUUGCAGGAGGGCUCGUCGGAGACCUCAUCAGAGACCUCCAAGAAGACCGUGCAGGAGACCUCACAGGAUUCCUCACAGGAGAUCUCACUGGAGUCCUCACAGGAGACCUCACGGGAGUCCUCACAGGAGACCUCACGGGAGUCCUCACAGGAGACCUCACGGGAGUCCUCACAGGAGACCUCAGAGGAGACCUCUCCGCCGAAGACCUCGCCGCCAACUUCGCCGCCGAAGACCACGCCGGCGGAAAGUUCAGCUGUCUGCAUGCCGGAGCAGUCAUCGGCGCCAUCCGGUAGUGGUCAAAAGAGAAAGAGGUCUUCGGAGGAAGAGGGCAAACUCCAGGGGAAAAAGCGCGCUAAGAGGGACAUAUCUAAGUUUUUUGCAGAAGAGCCCGAGGACGUUGAAGUGUCGUUGGAUGAAUCUGGCUCUUCAGAUCUUGAGAAAUUUUUUGUCAUGCAUCGUUGAAUUUUUUUUCCCCCAAUUUUUUCAUUGUAAAUAGUUGUGUUUUUUGCAAUUUUUGGCAUCCAGACAUAAAGAAGAUUCACAGAAACCAGUGCAGUCCUCCACCUUAAAACAGUCUCAUAAGAAGUCUGUCCAAACUGCUGCUUUAGAAGAAGAUGAUGACAGCCGAUGUGACUACGCUUUUAAAGAUCCAUUAGCCGUUCUCCUUAAAAAUAUUAAGGGAUGGGAAUUUUAUUUGGUGGACCUGAGUGGGAACGGAAAUGGUUGGGCAGCUAAUUUUUUGUUUGUUUUUUUGUAAAUAGUUAUUGUUGUUUGUUUUUUUUAUCUGAAGUUUGGUGUAUGUGUGUGUGCAGUGUUGUUCUUUGUUGUGUUUUGCAGUGUUUUUUUAUAUAAUAAAUAUGUUAAUGUUCAAGAAAUGUCUCUUUUUUUCUUGGAGUAAUACAUUAAUUACAUAGUAACGACAGUAUAAAAUGAUUUUAAUUAUAUUCAA